AUGGCAUCCCAAAAAGAGGCAUUUACCGCAAAGUGGACCGCAAAGUGGACUAAGCCUUUAACUAGCUUGUACGUCAGUUUGUUGGUAGAAGAGGUCAAAAAGGGAAAUCGCACCUCUUCUGCUUUCAACAAAGCAGGAUGGAAUAACAUACGGACAGAAUUCAAUAAACGUGCAAGACUCCAAUAUACUCAAGUACAGUUGAAGAACAAGGUGAACAAAUUGAAAAAACAAUAUAGUAGUUUCAAGAAGCUUAUUUCACAAUCCGGAUUUGGUUGGGAUAAUGUGAACAAAAUAGUUGUUGUUGAUGAUCCAAGUAUAUGGGAACCUCAUGUCAAGGAUAAUAUUGAGUGGGCAAAAUUCAAGAAGGAUGGGUUUCCUCAAUAUUCUGACUUGUGUAUUGUAUUUGGUGAUACAUAUGCUACUGGGGAGCAUACAACAGGAAAUGCCGAAGAUUUAGUGAUGUUGGACGAACUUGGCAUUGGUGGUGGUGAUGCAGACGAUGGACGAGAGGACUUAAGUGAACACUAUAUUGAUGUGGGAGUUUUUAUGUCUGACAAAAUUCCUACUUCAGUUCAUGACAAGGAUAGGAUGGAUAAAACUCCAAAUAGUAAAAGGAGAAGGAGGAGUCACUCAUUUGGUGUUGCUAACACCUGCAAAAUCAUACGAGAGAUGAUCAAAACUAGAACUAGUCAAUCUGUGAGUGGUUCUAUCAACUCACAAGUCACAUCACCACCUGUAGACCCAUUCUCCGUAUUUGCUGUAAUUGAUGUCCUAGUUGCCAUGCCUACAUUGGAGCAGGAUCUUUACAACAAAGCAGUGGAACAAGCCUGCGUUAGUGCUACGUGGAGGGAAGCUUUUAUCAAAUCCCCAAUUGAAAGGAGAUAUGGACUUCUCCAAAGUUCCUAG